AUGUUGCUGUCUAAAACGAGUGCCAAAUCGUUGAGCGAAGUACGGCACUUGAAUUUAUGGGCAUGUGAACUUUCUAACGUGAGUUUAUUGAAAAAGUGUCCGAACCUCGAGGUACUUAGUUUAAGUGUCAAUAACCUUACUACUUUGGAACAGCUUUCAGAAUGCAAAAACAUAAUAGAAUUAUAUUUGAGGAAAAAUUACAUCGAUGAUCCAGAACAAGUCAAACAUCUGACGGCACUACGAAAUUUGCAAGUGUUAUGGUUAUGCGAUAAUCCAUGCGCCGAAAAUGAACGCGAAUAUCGAUACGUGGUCUUACGAUACUUACCUUGGAUAAAGAAAUUAGAUCAUCAAGAUGUGACAGAUGAAGAAGUUUUAGCCUCGAUGAAUUCUACAUCUUCAACUAUGCCAUUAAAGCCUCGAAAAAGACAUACAGUUUCACCAAAACCAAUUGUCAGUCCAACAUCGAAGCCAUUCUUAAUCGACAGUGUUAAUUUGAAUGGUAACUCUCAAGAAUCAAUAGCAACAGCAACAACUACUCAAGGAAUAACAACCACUAAAGAUGGCGAAAAUAGUCGUUCACCACCAAUCAAGAGUAAUGGGAUCAAUGGAGCAAACAGCAAUUUUGCAAAAUUUAAUAAUCAUAAUUCGUCAUUAAUAGUAAAUAGACCAAAAUCUCCUGCGAUAACAAAGCGAACACCAUCCCCAGCAGUAUUACUAAUAAAUGGAAAUGAGGUUUCAUCAUCGAUUAAAGUAAAUGGAACUAUUACAGGGACAAAUAGCAAAACUUUUUCUCCUGUUAUGUCAGUGAUGACACCAAGUCGAACGCCUUCCCCGAGAAUAUUAUCGCCCGCGCCAAGACGUGUUAACAAUCUAGAAGCCAAAAUUGGUGUGGCUUCAUCUUCAGAAAGUGUCACUUCAACAAAAUCUUCUAAAAAUCAUGGUAACAAUAAAAUAGAAAAUGGCGAUGAAACUAGACAAUCAAAUGUGCUUACUGCCGUACUUGCAUUACUGGAUGAGCUUAAUGCGACAGACUUACAAAAGGUGCAACGAAAAGUACAAUUACUAAUACUAAAUCGACAUGGAAAAUAA